AUGUUGUGGAUUUUGCUGAGUCUUGGACUUAUUGCUUUCUGGACAUAUCAUUUAUGGUGGAAGAGGAGGAAUCUGCCGCCAGGGCCGGUGCCGUUGCCAUUGUUUGGUGGGUGAAAGUUUAAAUUUCGCAUUCUAAUGUCAUGGAUAAGGCAUAAUGGGGUUACAUGUCAUUUUUUUUCAGAGCGAUUAAUGUUUUUUACAUUAUAGCUAGUAAAAUGGCCUUUGUUCUUCAUUAUUCACCUUUUUCUCAUCAAAAAAGUUCUUCUGAUUUUUGUUAUUAUUAUAUCCAUGACUCCUUUUUGUCAUCGCCCUUGUAAACUUUUGUGCUUACAGGAACUCUCUUCCAAUUCAAGCAAUUCCAAACCACCGAGGACGCUUACAUUGCCUGGAGAAAAGAAUACGGCGAUAUAUUCACCUUCUGGCAUGGAGAACGGCCAGUAAUCGGAGUGUGCAGCUACGACUUGAUGGUGGAAUAUUUCCAAAAACAAGGCGACAAGUACGAAGACCGUCCACCAGAUGACGAGCUUAUGAAAUACACAAAAGGAGUGCACAACGGAAUCAUCAAUAAUGAUGGUCCGUUGUGGAAAACUCAACGAAGAUUUGCGUUGCAUGUGUUGAGAGAUUUCGGGCUCGGAAAAGAUAUAAUGGAGCAGCGGAUUCUCGCUGAAUGUGAAGAUUUAUUUAAAAAUUUGGAGGAUGAGGAAGCUAGGGGAGUGAAGGAACAUCCGAUCACAAAUGAGAUUGACAGAGCAAUUGGAUCGGUGAUUAAUUCGGUUCUGUUUGGAUACAGAUACACCAAGGAUAAUAUCCAGGAGUUUGAAGUGAGUUAUAAUAUUAUUGUUCCGUUUGAAUGAGUAGGUCAGCGUACAACUUGAAGACACUGAUCAAGGAUAAAAAUCUCAUAAAAAUGAGGUGUUUAUAAUAGUUUGAACGAAAGACAUUUCCUUCCGGAGUUGGACGAUUGGGGAAAAAGACGAUUGGGGAAAGGGACGAUUGGGGAAAAAGACGAUUGGGGAAAAGUACGAUUGGGGAAACCGAAAAGUAUUAUUUUUCUUCCAUGCAAAUGUCGAAGUUAGGAUAAUCGAGGGUGCUCAUUUCGAAAAUGACAUUCAUUUUUUUGAUUCUUACUUUUUUCCUUAAGUAGUACUGUAAAGUAGUAAUUUUUGAUUUUUUUUCAUAAAUACUCGAUUUAGGGGUUUUCGAGGGUGCUGAUUUCGAAAAUCAUGUAAAUUUUUCCUCUAGUACUACAUAGUACUAUUCUGAUACUAUAUAGUACGAAGUGAAAAUAUGGCUUUUGACGUUAAUGGUGUUGUUUUGAUGCUUAGUACUCUUAAAAAACACGUUUUAAAGACUUGGUGCUAUAUAGUACUGUCUGAUACUAUGUAGUACAAAGUAAAAAUAGGCGUACUAAGCACCAGAACAACACCACGAACGCCUAAAGGCCAACUUUACACCUCGUACUACAUAGUAUCAGGUAGUACUAUAUAGCACCAAGUCUUUAAAACGUGUUUUUGAAGAGUACUAAGCAUCAAAACAACACCAUUAACGUCAAAGGCCAUAUUUUCACUUCGUACUAUAUAGUAUCAGAAUAGUACUAUGUAGUACUAGAGGAAAAAUUUACAUGAUUUUCGAAAUCAGCAUCCUCGAAAACCCCUAAAUCGAGUAUUUAUGAAAAAAAAAUCAAAAAUUACUACUUUACAGUACUACUUAAGGAAAAAAGUAAGAAUCAAAAAAAUGAAUGUCAUUUUCGAAAUGAGCACCCUCGAUUAUCCUAAUUUCGACAUUUGCAUCGAAGAAAAAUAAUACUUUUCGGUUUCCCCAAUCGUACUUUUCCCCAAUUGUCUUUUUCCCCAAUCGUCCCUUUCCCCAAUCGUCUUUUUCCCCAAUCGUCCCAGUUCCAUUUCCUUCAUAUCAAAUUUUUUACCCAUAUAAGGCGCAAGAGUAACAUAAGCAAAGAUCUAAUUCCAGGACCUAAAACUCCGCGCUUUCACUUUCCUCCAAGUCCUCGGAUACCCUACUGUAAUGAUCUGCCGAAACAAUCCUCUCUUCUACGAGAAGAUUCCCAUCAUUGGAGACCAUCUGAAGAUUGUCGGCAGAACCGGUCGCCAUAUGAUGGACUUCUUUGUAACACGAAUCCAAGAGCAUAUGAAGGACCUGGAGAGCGAAGAUAUGGAAACUUUGGAGGCCAACGAUCUUGUUGCCGCGUUCUUAAAAGAGAAAGCCCGAUUGGAUACACUAAAUGAACCACAUUACUUUACCCUGGAACAGUUGCAUGGAUUCUGUUUUGAUAUCUGGUUGGCUGGACAAGAGACCACCAGCAAUACGAUUGGAUGGGGAAUCGCUUAUUUGAUCGGGCAUCCACAAGUUCAGGAGAAGAUCCAUGAAGAAUUGGAUCGAGUGAUUGGAAGUGAAAGGCUGAUUACAAGUGCUGACAGACCGAGUUUACAUUAUCUUCAGGCGGUUUGUCAUGUAAGGCACUUGUUUCUUUAAUAGGCUCCUUAGAAUCAAUUUUUUAAAAUUUUUGAGAUUUCAGGAGAUCCUGAGACUCGCCAAUUUAGUCCCCACGAAUGUUAUUCACGCCAACGGAGAAGACGUAAUCUUCGAAGGAUACCAUCUGAAAAAAGGCACCGCAAUUACCCCAUUAAUAUCGACUCUCCUUUAUGACGAAAAAGUACAUAAUUUUCUUAAUUUUUAUGAAAUGAUUUUAGGUGUUCCCUGAGCCCUACAAAUUUAUUCCCGAGAGGUUUCUGGAUGAAAAUGGGAAGGUCCAGAAGAUAAAAGAGAUGGUUCCGUUCUCGAUUGGGAAGCGAGUUUGCUUGGGAGAGAAUCUGGCCCGAAUGGAAAUCUUCUUGUUCUUGGCCAACCUGCUCAACCGAUACACAUUUUUGCCUGGGGCAAAGCCGCCGGAUCUAACCAGAACUCACGGAAUUACAGCGCACAUCAAGGAUUACAGCUGCAGGCUCGCUCCGCGACAACGAUAA